GACAACUCUCUUCUACGACCGCUCGUCACUACCGCCCACGUCCCGCCCGCUCUCUGUUUCGUCGUUGUCCUUUCUCUAUCUUGUUCAGCCCCGAAUACCAGCAAUAAAUGUCGGAAAUUCGCAGGAAGCUCGUUAUCGUCGGUGAUGGUGCUUGCGGAAAGACCUGUCUCUUGAUUGUGUUCUCCAAGGGCACAUUCCCCGAGGUGUAUGUGCCCACCGUGUUCGAGAACUACGUCGCCGAUGUCGAGGUCGACGGGAAGCACGUCGAGCUCGCCUUAUGGGAUACGGCGGGCCAGGAGGACUACGAUCGUCUCCGGCCGUUGAGUUAUCCCGACUCACACGUCAUCCUCAUCUGCUUCGCCGUGGACUCCCCUGACUCGCUUGACAACGUGCAGGAGAAGUGGAUUUCCGAGGUGAUGCACUUCUGCGCGGGCCUACCCAUCAUCCUUGUUGGCUGCAAGAAGGAUCUCAGACGCGACCCCCGCGUGAUUGAGGAGCUCAGGAAGACAAAUCAGCGGCCCGUUGCACCGGAGGAGGGCAUGGCCGUCGCGCAGAAAAUCGGCGCGAGGCACUACCUGGAAUGCUCAGCCAAGACCGGCGAGGGCGUCCACGAGGUGUUCCAGUACGCUACCCGGGCAGCCCUUCUCAGCCGACAGAGUCGCAGCAAGAAGCACCACUGCGUCAUCUUGUAAUUUAGUAAUAAUUGCUCCCCCUACUGAGUGCGCUCUCAUACCCCACCCACUAUUACUACUGCCUGUCCCGCAAUCAUCCGUCCCGCGCGUCUUACUACGUAUACGUCAUUCAGCUUACGGCUUACGGUCCUGUCAUGUCUCUUUUCUGUUGUGCCCCCUCGAUCUUUCUUUGAACGCAUUUUGAGAUACAGAUGACUUUACUCUCUGGAUACUAUCUGCGCGUGCGCUCUGAGAGGAUCGAACGCUUGCUUGCUUGACUCUGUAAAAUACAUUAUUCUGCAUAACAGGCUCUUGGACGAUCUGACUUCAGACACAUCGGUAUAUCAGUCAGUAGUACCAUCUACAGGCCAUUCAGAGCGUAGUGAAAGACCCGUUAUAUCAACAGGGCUUGCUCCUCGUCCCCGGCAUCCGCCAACCGGAC